AGAGCUAAAAACUAGAAACAGGACGAGCAACGAUUUUGAUCUUCAGUCUAAACCAACUUACAUUUUUCUCCCUUGUGCGGUUUUUUACAAGAUGACUAACUACUCGACAAUGCCUAUCCUUUGAUCAAUUAUUAUCUACGUACUACGAUUUAAUCCACAGCCAAACAUACUACGAGGAUACCAUAAACAACAGCAUAUGUUCCAUUACAUUUUUUUCGGAGAACCACAAAACAAUCCAGAAUGAGUCGUGGCCGUCGUUCUCGCAGCCGCAGUGCUCGGGGCCGCAGCCCUAUAAACAAGAACCGUUCUCGCAGUCCUAUGAAUGACCGCAAGCGAUCCCGCAGUCCUCUAAAUCGCCCAGGCCCACGAAGCCCUCCAAAUCGACCCCGAGCUGCUAAUCCCCCUCGUAACCGAAGCGGCCCUCGUAACCGAAGCGGCCCUCGUAACCGCAGUGGCCCUGGAAACCGUAAUGGCCAUCGGAGUCCUGUCAACCGCAAUGGCAAUCGCAGUCCAGUCCACCGUGGUAACCGAAGUCCCCCACGUCGAUCUCGCUCCCCCAACAGAACUACCGCACCUUCAGCGGCAUACAAAAAUAGUAAUUAAGGCUAGAAGAAAUCCAUCCUCACAGGCAUCUUGGUCCCGUUUCUCAAGGGAAAAAAGACGGAAGAUGCCGCUGAAGAUGGAUUUCUUCUAGCUCUAAAGUAAGGGCCUGACUACCAAAGUCAUUGACAUAACGCAUGCUGAUACCGCUCUUGUUCUCGGUAGGCAUGGAAAAUCGAAGGUGAAAAUCGCCACUGCAUCUGGAGCUGAGAGUAUGUCAGUCGACGGCCUGAAAGUGACAGCCACAGGAACCCCAGAAGCGGUGGAGCGCGCAAUCAAAUACGCUAAGUUUCUCAUGGCGCAGAGGCAUGGUAUCUAUAGGUGCUUGCAUGUUUGGGCUUAGCUUUGUCUUUGUUUCAAACUUGACCAGCGAGGGUUAGACAUGAAAUGCAUGACCAUGACCGUACCAAAAAAGAAACUGCUUCCACGUGAAGUAGCUGAUCUUCACGUCAGUACCCAAUUGUCCCUAAAAUCCAGCUGAAUCCCACAUCCUUCUACCAUAGUAGUACUAGUAGUACUCAAGAAGACGCGUGGUCCACGAAGAAAUAAGACUUCAAGUAAAAAAGAGUACUUGUUGCACCUUCAUCGCCACGUACCGAAAAAUUGUCCCUAAAAUCCAGCUGAAUCCCACAUCCUUCUAGGUCCGGUUACAGUGAGUAACGACAACCAUAAUAAUGGAGACCUGACAUUGCUCGAUGUCCCAAACGACGCUGUGGGAUUCGUAACCGGUCGCAAUGGCAACUUCUUGCGGACUAUUGAAGACGAAUGGUCAGUUCUCAUGUUUUUCGCGGAAUUCGAAAUCAAGAAUAAAGUUAAGAAGCAAGUACGUAAUCGGGAUUCUGGAUGUACCUGUAGAUGUGUUCAUGUAAACAUAAUAAAUUACAUUAAAGUUCUUCUUCUUCUCCCACUUGUUCCAGUAGCUGCUGUUGUGUUUUCAUCUCAUACAUAGUUAAAGCUCUUCAUUAGUCGGGCGUCUUGGUAGAUGUGUCAAUCUUCCUCUCUGUGUCUGUCUCAUCUAAAAUCAACGGCCAAACAGAAACUAAGGGUGGCAAGCGUGGAUCUCCUAUUGAGGUGCUAGCGAUUUUUGGGUCGGACCGUCGGAAUCGCCGAGGCGCAGAAUUGAAGAUCCUUUCCGCGAUUGAGACCAAGGUGCCAGGUUGGUAUAAGGAACGCGAAAAGGAGAUCCUUGAUCGGGAUAAAGAUUAUGGCUUCUUGUAACUACUAGUCCUAGUAGUUUCAAAAUAAGUAAGUGCAAGUAUAAGUAGUAACAUUAACUACAUAUUCGAUGUGCAGGGUUCACAACCUAACCUAACCUACAUAUUACAGAUACAUAUAAAUUUUAUUUACAUGGACGCACGUGCAAGGAGUAGUAGGUUGCAGCUGCUGGAGGUGUAAAAAUCUAUUUUCGAAAGUACUACCUAGUUGUAUUUCCUCUAAUUGCGAGGAGACGAGUGGAAGUCAGGCACCAUGGAGUUCGAGGACGAUCACCAGCUGUCGUUCGCACUAGGAAAACAAGGAGCCACGCGACGCAAAUUGGAAGCGGCUAGUGGAUGUUUAUUGCAAUAUGUUGGAAGUCACGCGAUUUUCACAGGUACAAUUAAUACAUAUCAGAGAGACAUUUGAUGAUGAUGUGUGUCUGCAUUAUUCACGGUAACUACGCUGACGUAGAGGGGUUCAGGCUUGUUCGCAAAAGAAUACAAAAGUAUGGUGGAAAAGAUAAUGAAAGAUCAUGUUGGGACCAGAAAAAAUAAGAGAAAAGCACCGCCUCUCAAGAACUUCUUCAACUAGAACUUCAAAGAACCUCAGACUCAGAGUCACUCUCGUAGGUACAAAGCACCAACGGAAAACACUGCGACAGUAUAUGAAAUGGCUUUUUGCUCAGUUAGACGGACCAGUUGACGUGCCUGAUGCAGCAGAACGGGAUGACUGCACGAUGCUCAAGAUUCCACAGGUACUAUUGUGAUGAUGCAGGUCACACUGUGGACGGCGAACCACCUCCAAUCCAUAGGCUCGUCGUCACUGUAGUACUCGUAAUUUAUUAUACGGUAGUCCAGCCCGUAGUAUUCAGUACAAUUUUAACGUUCAGGUAAUUGGCAUCGACCAAGAAUUUUCUGAUCUAGGAAGUUUGACUUGUAGAUCUUCAAUAUCUCAGUCGGCUUAUUACAACAACUUUGACCUUCGUGAUCGGCUAGUGAUUCGACCAUGGAACUACGACACGAACUUUUUAUCUACCAACUACUCUUCCCACAACCCCGAACAUCAGGCAUGCGUCGGCUACAUUACUGGUGCCCGCCGAGCCGCGCUUUCGACCAUCGAGUUGGAUUUCGGGUGCUUGAUGUUUUUUACGGGCAACAAAAUGGAGAAGCGUGAUUACGAGAUGCUUGCAAUUUUUGGCUCCGAGAGCGCUCGUAAAGGAGCGGAACUGAAGUUAAGGAUUUUAGUGUUCGGACCUUAUCAUAAGGAUUUUGGUGUAGACGGAACUUAUCAUAAGGAUUUUGGUGUAGACCUGAAAAGAAGAAGUUCAAGUUUCAAAAAUAGUAAAAAAAUAACUCGUGCUAAUGCUACUCACAGGUGUACCACGUGAGUGUGACUGUGACAACGAAACCUCCUACAACUUACUACGUGGUACCCCGAAACUGAUUCUGUAACUACCUCUUCUAAUCAAAGUGAAGUCUUCCGUUGAAGCGAAGGCACAAGGAUACUACAGCAAUUUCCUGAAGGAGAACAAGGAUGAUUGGGACAAACCGGGAUUUUCCACGGACAUUCUUCAUCUGGUGAACAACGACGUUGGAUAUGUACUAUUAUGGGUGUAACAAGGAACUCAUCUCCAAAGUCAUCUGGAAGAGAAAGACAAGAGGAAAAAGGAAUCCAGAUGAUCCCUGAGAUGAAUUCCCGAUACCUCUAAUACUAGGAAAAGGCGGCGCAACAAGGGUAAAACUCGCGAACGCAUGCGGAUGUCACUUGCAGGUACAAGAGAUUUCUCGUCUUUGUUAAGUAAAAAAGAAAAACUGAGUAUCUGUUGGAUACAUUCGAACACAGACUGUUAAGUCGCGUCUAGUUUCUCAGUGAGAGACGCUUGAGAGUGAUACUGCUUGCACAAUUUGCACUCACAGCCUGAGACUAAUGAUCUCUGGCUGCUUUGAUCCCUGUGGAUGUUCAUUGGGGUUGCAAGGAGGAAGUCUCAGCUUCAUCAUUGGGAUACCAUGUUGCAUGGGGAAACUUUCAUAUGCUUCAUAUGGAAACGCUUAUGCUAUCAUCAUUGAUUCAUACGAUCAUCAUGCACUGGCAUUCAUCAUAGAUCAGAACUGACAAGACGUUAUGGACCUGGCUACAGCUAUGAAACAUUCAUCAUUUCUUCUAUCUGAAUACGUUGAAGGUUCUUUGCCUGCUGAUCAUUGAUUUUGGAACUAUACGCAUUAAGGUCUGUAGGUUAUCUCUGAGAUCAUUCCGGUGAUGUUUUGUCCUUGACUGUAUUGGGAGGCUUGAGCCACAAACGAGAGAGAGAGGAGAAACCGCCGACACCCGCGCCAACUAAGGCCAACGCGUUGAAAGUGGUGCCGGUGGGUACCUUGUUCGCCUGGCGAUCUUGGUCAUUUUGCUGAUCUUCAUCCUUGUGAUCUUUGUGACAUUUCGAGGAUUAUGACCUUGACCAACACCCCUCCUCAAUCGUUGCGUGUCGAAGUCCCUAGUCUUCUGGACUACCACGGAAGUCAUGUCUCCUAACUAGUCCUCUAUGGCUACGGUGUACUCGGCUAGAAGCCAAAAUAAACCGAAUAUACUACACUAUAGUAAGCUAAAUCAUCCCCAUCCAUGUCAUCGUCUGAGGAAUCACAAUCAUCAUACGUAACUUUAUUUAUCGGAUUAUCUACAUGGUGAAGUCGUAGUCUUCGUUGAGACGAACUACAUUCUAGCUUAGUUAAGCCAUCAGCCUUCAUUAAGUUAGUUGGACAGAAAACUAUCUUACUGGCCGCAUCACGCACACGCAAGUAGCGAAGUGCAUAAUGGCGACUCUUCGGGCGUGUGUCAGUUGCUUUAGCUGUUGUGAUCGCGGAUUGGUUGUCGAUCCAGAGCACAGCAUUGUCUAAAGAGGGAGACAAGCCGUUCUGUGUGUGUACCAACUGGGUUGGAAGAGGCCUAUAGAAGUCUGUAAAGUCAUGCAGUUCACUAAGCACGAUAGUGUCAGAAGCUGCAAUAUAUUCACUUUCAGCCGUAGAAUAGGCACAAACAGUUUGUCGGUUACUUCUCCAAGCAAUUGGAACGCCUUUGAAAUACAUGAUCGAUCCACUUGUGCUUCUCAUAGUCUUUACGCAGUUGGCGAAACCUGCAUCACUAAAGAUAUUCACCUCUGGCAUAUCUCUGCCUUCGGGUAGUAACUUUGAAUAUAUUCUAUUGAAUUCUUCUUCUUGUUCUGGUGAGUAUUCCAGUCCUUGGUCUCUCGUUGUCACCAGAUACUUAAGCACUUUUCUGGCUGCUUUAACCAUUCUUGUUGACGCGGGUUUGCUGACAUGUCUAGCCAAUGCUGCCACCGGAACAGAAAUGUCCGGGCGCGCGGUUACAGCUACCCAUAGCAAGGCACCAACUACCUCACGAAAGGGAUACCCUUCGACUAUCUUGAUCCCCUCCUCAAGAAAAGCCGACUCGUAAAAAUUGGGCGAGUAAACCGGUUUUCCGACAUCAAUUUCGAACUUCUUUGCGAUUUUAUCAGUGUACUCCUCCAUAUUGAGCCGAAAUGUUCGAACUUCACGGCAGUAGUACACGAUGGCACCUAAGAAGUCGAACCUGAGCCACGUUUGACCCCAAGGGGUUGGAACGGACUCCACAUUAAUCGCACGGCCGGGGGCACGCGAGAAGAUGAGUUCUAGUUCGGUCUUGAGCUCAUCAAGAUCAGGACCCGUUGCAAGAUUGUCAUCAACGUAGACUGACACCUUGAGGAACUUCCCUGGUACCUUCGCACUCGGCUUUCUCCAUAAGCCUGGCGCAGAAUCACACGGCUCCCAGCCAAUACUGGCUAGUAUGUCGUGAUAUUUCUUGAACCAUGCUCGUGGUGCGUCCUUCAAGCCGUAUAGGGCCUUCUUGAGCUUCACGAUCUCGCGUCCAUGCUUCUCUGCCCAGAUGGGUGGGAGACGGCAGAAGACAUCGCGAUCGAGUUCAGCAUUGAGGAACGCAGAAUCUAAAUCGAACGGGAUCACGUAGUCCUGUUCUGACGCAGCAGAAGUCAGGAGCAACCUAUUAGCGGCGUGCGAAACUACGGGAGCAAAGGUGUUUAGCUCUCUUGAACGAUCUAGAUUACCGAGGACACAAGCGCGAGCCUUGUAUCUUCCACAUCUUUUAAUAGUUAGAAUUAUGGCAAUCGGUAGAGCCUGUCGCGCGGUUGCAAGCUCCUCGUCAGAAGCUUCUUUCCACGUUUCAAAGGCUAGCAGUCUCGCACGCUCUUUGUCAAUGACCUCCCGCCACUUAUCGGCAUCAGGAGACUUGAGUGCUUGAGCAACAGACAAAAUCACAUAUGAUUCGACGAAUUCCUCAUCUUCGUCUAAUUCACACAUGCCACUUACUGCACUAGCGAACAGCGCCACACUCUUUCUCAGUUCUUCUAACUGUUUCUUUGUUCUUCGAACCCUGCUACCUGCUUUGUCCUUCGCUCCUUUUGGUCGGCCAUGCUUCUUGACGUGUGUAUGGCGUUCGCCUGCCACAACACGUGCUGGAGAAGGCGCUUUCGACUUAGACGGACUUAGCGGAGCAGAUGUCUCAUGAUCCUUCGCUUCAGCAUUCCCCUCCUUAAGUGAAACAUCUUUAGGAGAGUCAGCUGCGUCGGAUUCCUCUACUUUAUCCAGUGUCUCAAUAAAUAAUUCGUCGGAAAUCGCGGUCGGUCCACCUGGAAUGUGCUCCGUGCCAGAGAACCCCGAUUGAUGAUCCAGCCUUUGCACUGACUGACCAAGCAAGGGGGAGCCCAGCGACGACGCGCCACUCUGCAGAUUUUCCAGUUCGUCAUACUCAAUGUAGAUGCCCUUAUGAUCUGGCAAAAGCCAAUCAAUAUUCUUAAUUAGGUAGUCCUCUCUGAACUUUACAUCUAGGGUAGAGUAUUCCGCCCAUCGAUGUCCAAGCUUGCAACGAUCGUCAUGAGCGAAAGUUCCAACCAACCAACCAGACGACUUCGGACAGAGUCCAAGGAAGACGCCACGGCGGUACUUGGCCGAGAGCUUGGGUGCAGGAGUGUUGGCUUGAAUUUGUUCACGAAAGUAAACUAGACAACCAAAUCGGCGGAGCAUGCCGAUUGAGCUCUUCGAUGAGUUUCUACCAGUCCUUUCUUCUAAGAUUUCAAUUGGACUCUUUCCAUCAUGUUGAGGCAUUUUUGCAUAGUUAUGCGGUAAACGAUCCCAGCAGUCACCAGCGUACUCGACGCAGUAACACCAGAGGCGUUUAUCAACUUUAGUCAGCAUUGUGCGUACACUGCCGAACAAAGUCCGCAUAAAACGUUCGCAGGUCCCAUUCAUCUCCGGAUUAUAAGGAACAGCCGGACUGUCUGAGACUCGCAGCGAUUGCAUAACUUUGGUCAUGUCAUCACUGCUCAGGACAGGUUCUCCAUCCCUCCGGAGGAACCACACUACCUUGUCAUCAAGUGAUAAGGAGUAGUCCUGGCGAAUGCCUUUGAUAACUUCUUCUAUUUCCUCCACACAGUCACUUUUCAGCUUAAGCGGUCGACAGAACACCUUCUUAAUUACAUCACAGAUGAUCACUAAUACACAUCUCUUUGACCUGACUGAUACGGGUUUGAUUCCAACAGCAAAGUCGAUUGCUAGUAACUUCAAUGGUUCAGGUUUGUAGUUCGAAGUAUCUCUAGCUUUUGCAUGUGGUGCGCGUUGGCCUUUAUGUAGAUCACACUCAGGGCAAUUUACCUGGAGGCCAUCUAUAUGAAAGUGCCCACAUCUUCUAUGAAGUUCGAGUCUUGUAAGGUAACAACUACUGACUCCUUCUUCUACUGUUGAACAAAUAUAACCACUAUCAGUCUCUUCUUUAAAUAAGUUGCAUGCAAGUAUGGGAAGCUGCAAGCGUGGAUGACUUCUUAUGGGUAUGGCCUGGCCGGUGUCCGUAUGUACGAGACAACCACCUGCGCCUUUGAAGUUGAAUUCCCAUCCUAAUUGCGAGCAGUUCCCUUCACCUAACCAAGGUAUAAUACGAUCUAAGUCCUUUGGUAGUGAAUCAUAAUAAACACCAUACUGGAGCCCUAAGAUGUUUGACUUUAGUUUUCCUACUCUUCCGUCUUUACUUCCAGCGCUACCAGUAAUCCUACAAGUUCUCAUAGUUAUUUCACUAAAAUCGUCUUUGUGUCUUGAAAGAUAUUUGUUUGCACAACUAUCGACUAGACUAACUUCUUCUCUUGUAGUAAUGGAACUAGUUGAAAGACUAUGUCCCACAAGUUUUACCUCCCCUGUAUUAUUUACGUUUAUUUCUUCACCCUCAUCUUCAUCCAAGUUCAGCGAGCAAAAUCCGCUUUCCACCGGUUCCGCAACUCAGCUCUGCUUUCCGCCGUUGAGAGCUUGCCACAGCUCCGCAACUUGGGACAUGUGAACCAUGCCAUUACCCUUUCCACCUUUACCCAUAGCACUACUAGAUUGGGAAUUGGUGUUCCAGUUCCAGUUUGCCUGGUUCUGUGGAUUCUUCCAACAAGACGCGGAUUUGUGACCCGGUUUGUUGCAGAUCCAACAGACUGGACGGGUGUCUUGUUUUCCAGAACCUUUAUUAUUUUUGUUCUGCGGCUUUCCUUUGCCGUUCGAAUUGGAGGCAUAGACCUCGGCGGCGAUCUUCUUCUUUGUGUUUGCCUUGAAGCGCUUGAGAGCACUUUUAGACAGAAAGAUCUUACCACCUUCAUUGGCCUUUUCCUCGUCAUCCUCCUCUUCACGAGAACGUUUAUUCGAGGUCUCCUGAACAUUGACCGGGAACGCCUUCCCGAAGGAAUCGUUCUCAACUUUGUAGGUUCCCUCCUCGAUCAACGUCGCAAGACGCUUUUCAAGUCGGUCACCAAUCUGGUCAAAUGUCAGACCAUCUUCUUCCUGCAUGCGUUCGAUCGUUGCCUUGAAGUUCUUGCAGAACAGCUCGGGCAACUUCUGUAGCAGUGCACCAUUUUGUUGGUCACUUUCUGGCACUCCUGCUUCCGGCGGGUACACGGUGGGCGACUGGUUCAUGAUGUCUCGGACUUUCGACAAGAAUCCUGUGACAUCUGCAGGUUGAUCCGCGUUGUGGAACUUCAACACGCCAUCCGUAAGCGGUUUUACUUUCAUCCGUUGUUCCUGACGGUUGUUUUGAUCGAAGUGUCCUACAUCACGAAGGAGCACAACAACCUCACCUGCAUCCAUCGCAUCCACCUGCCCAUUAUCGUUCUGGUUGUUGAUGAACGACGCAGCGGCACCUUUCAGACUACGAAUAAUCGCAUCUUUCAGGUUGCGCCACUUCUGCCGAAUUGUUUCCUCCCGAUUGGUAACUCCGUUAGGAAUACCAUGAGGAGCUGCCGGAAUGCCGACUACAUUCGUGUAGUUUUGAAGCAGGCCGAGACGGCUAGCUUCCUGACGUAUGGCAAGUUGCCAUGCUCGCCAGUCGGACUUCUGUCCGAGUUUCUUCGAAAUUUCUUUCGCAUCGCAGGACAUUUUGAAAAGUUGUUUCUAGAUGGAUUUCUACUCUAUACUUAGCUCAAGGGUCAAAGUAGUGUUGGAUACAUUCGAACACAGACUGUUAAGUCGCGUCUAGUUUCUCGGUGAGAAACACUUGAGAGUGAUACUGUUUGCACAAUUUGCACUCACAGCCUGAGACUAAUGAUCUCUGGCUGCUUUGAUCCCUGUGGAUGUUCAUUGGGGUUACAUGGAGGAAGUCUCAGCUUCAUCAUUGGGAUAUCAUGUUGCAUGGGGAAACUUUCAUAUGGAAACGCUUAUGCUAUCAUCAUUGAUUCAUACGAUCAUCCUAUGUUGAUUCUCAUCAUUGAUCAGAACUGACAGUACGUUAUGAACCUGAUUACAGCUAUGAAACAUUCAUCAUUUCUUCUAUCUGAAUACGUUGAAGGUCCUUUGCCUGAUGAUCACUGUUUUUGGAACUAUAUGCAUUUAGGUCUGUAGGUUAUCUUUGAGAUCAUUCCGGUGCUGUUUUGUCCUUGACUGUAUUGGGAGGCUUGAGCCACAAACGAGAGAGAGAGGAGAAACCGCCGACACCCGCGCCAACUAAGGCCAACGCGUUGAAAGUGGUGCCGGUGGGUACCUUGUUCGCCUGGCGAUCUUGGUCAUUUUGCUGAUCUUCAUCCUUGUGAUCUUUGUGACAUUUCGAGGAUUAUGACCUUGACCAACAGUAUCGCUACUUGAGAUAUAUUUAGUUAUCUCACUAAUUCUGGUCGUGGACACACACUGGUGACACCCACUCGUCCUGAUGCCGUCCUUUCCGUACUCAAAAGCUUAAGUAUAUGUAAUGUAUUCUAUUCGUAUUCCUAUGAUGAAUCAUCAUAGGUUGACACUUCUUGCCUUCACGAUGUUAAUCAGGUGAAGAAAGAGUUCCAAAUACUUGCUGUAUGACCUCCUCCACGCUGAAUAAGAAAGUCUAGGUCUACAGUUGCCCCAUUUCAGCUGCUUCCAGGUCAUGCUCGUCCCUAUCCAAAUGUACCUAUCUCGUGCAUCUGGUAUUCUUUGGCAUGAUGUUGUACUUGGCAACCUGCCGGGCAUGGGCAUCCACUUCGUGCCGGCGUCCUCCAAAUUUUAGAAGGCCAUGGGCACCAUCGUAAACAAAUUCGUGCUCGGCCAGCCACGCCGUCGGCCUCAGCAAAAAGGACCAUAAAAAUGUCCGAUAUAUUGGUCCCGGCGGCUCUCUGGUAAUGCUCAACGACAAGAGCUAAGCAUCAGAUGAAUGCGCCUCGUGAACGUGAAGGUGGAAACGGUCGGAUGCCCUAGAUCCUGGCUGAACCCUAAACCCUAGCAUGCACUAGUUAGGGCAUAGGGAUCCUACCUGCAAUCUAUUCACUAACUAUCUCAACAGUACAUCGGCGAGCACGCCCUCAUUGCUGGCGAACUCCCGGCGCGAGGCAAAUGCAGGGACUACAUCAAGUGGCUGCUGGACCAGCGAACAGGCAAGAUCGAUGUGGAUCACAGAAACCGCGAUGACAUCCUAGAAGUUGACGUCCCAGAGCAAUGCGUCGGAUGGGUUACAGGCAGACAAGGCGUCGAAUUGCGCAAGAUCUUAUGGACAACUACUACUACGUACUCGAAAACUCAAAAUAACCGAGUUAUUGAAUGAAAUAAGGGAGGUACCUUAACAUCACGGCUACUCUUCCUUCUGAUCAGUAUCUCGCUUAUUCUGAUCAGUUACUCGCUUAUUUCAGUUUUUCGAAUACAGCCCUUCCCCUUGCUCCACCUACCCUAAUGAAUUACAUCUUCUCCAACUCUUCCCCUUUGAGAAAUACAAGUAGUCCGUUCUAAUUCCCGAGGAGAUGACGAAGACUUUCUGUUUCCUUGCGACCGAUCCCAAGGAAAAUCGAGAGCGCCUUCUUGUCUGCGGCAUGACCGAGGGAAGCAAGCUAGAAGAAGUUGGUAUACUAUAGAUCAUGAUAGGGAUACUAACUUCGUUGUAAGACAGACUGUCACGACUGACAUAGAAGAUUCAAGAACUUUGCCUCCUAAUGAAGAUUAAGGGAAAAUACUCACUGCACAACAAGCACAUGUUAAUUAUAGGAUACUAAUCAGGUCGCCUCGGCGCUCAGAAGUUGGUGGAAGACCUGAUACGGGAGAAAAGGGACAUCGAUGCAGGCCGCAUCAGCUACAAUGGUAGGCGUGGCGGAGGUCGUGGCGACUCCAGAGGACGCGGAUAUGCACCUCCAAGACAUCGUCCAGACUCUCGUAGACGUGGAAAUCAACCCCCUCCACGCCGAAGAAUGGACAGUCGUGGACGACCAGGAGGACGCUUUCCAGGUGGACGAUAUUAAGUGAAAAACUAAUGAAGAUUUUGAUUUUGAUUUUCCAUCCAUGUUCUUGGACUUUGACGUAAGAAAAAUGAUGAAGACAAUGGAUAAGUAGGUCGGGGUACUACUUGUUGCAACAAAGCAAGUGUGAUGUUGAUGACGCACCAUUCUUUCAUCGAAUAAGUAGAUUCUUACGCAGUUGCUGGGGCUUCCAGUUGUAAGUAGGUACUUGGAACUGCAACUAGUUGCCAAAAUAAAGAAAUGCUCGUUUAUUCAUCCUUCACAAGCAUGGGUUUGGGGCCAUAUUAUUGACAUAGUCGCAUGGGACACUCACACAUGCAUGGCAAAAUUGCCGAAAAACAGAUAUCGAUACGCCGAAAAUACUGAUCAUACGCAACGAAAAAACCCUCCUCCUCCCCUUACAUAAAAACACAUUAAAUCCGCACGGCACCAUUAUGAGAACCAUGAAAUUCAUUUUUUCAAGCAAAACUACGCGCGAAAAUCAUUAUCCAUAGGGCAUCAAGAUCAUGAGUAAAGCCACAAGAAAAACAAAAGGAAUUCGUUGACGCACCAGAGUUCCUCCAUCG